AUGCCAGCCAUCCUGAAGUCUGUUGUUCACGGCUCUCCCCCAACUGAAGGAGACAACCAUCACCACCACCAUAUACAUGGCCCUCUUGACCGUUCGAAGGCUUUGGGGAUUGGCAGCUUGAGCUUCGAGCCUAUUUUCAAUCAGAAGUACAAUGCCAAAAGGGUUGCCAAAGAAACACCCGGUUUCCUCUGCCUGCAGCGGCUGUUGCCCAUUGUGAUUGGCUUGUUGACGGCUGCAGCAGCUGUAGUGGUGGGCUACGUUAGUGAACUUCUGGGGGACCUGCGGACUGAAAAGGUAAAUGAGCUCAUUGUCUCACGCGGAUGGCUGAUUGCUUGGGCGGCAGAAUUUGUUAUGAUGACCGUCCUUGCGCUAGCUGCCGGCUUCCUUGUGUACAGUGGAGACAUCACUGGCACAAAAUCUGCAGGGUCCUCGGGCAUUCCGCAGCUCAUCGGUUUGCUGAAUGGCUGUGACCUGAAAGGCGAGUUUAGUUUAAGGCAUGGCUUGGUCAAGUGGUUCGGUGUUUGCCUGGCGGUGGCCUCUGGCUUGGCAGUUGGGCCGGAAGGUCCCAUGAUCUUCAUUGGUGCGUGCAUCGGCUUCUAUUGUUCUCGUUUGCCACAGAUCUUCAGCACUCCACCUGCUACAGUUGGUGACGAUGUCUACACGCGUGACUACACUUCCAUUGGUGCGGCGUGUGGUAUUGCAGCCGCCUUUCGUGCACCCAUAGCUGGAACCCUCUUCAUUGUGGAGGAGGCCUCAUCUCACUUCAAAAAGGAGCAGAUGUCAAACAUCUUCUAUGGAGGUUUGGCUGCUUUGGAGGUCAUGUUGUUAGCUGGUGGUGCUGGAUCUGUUUUGGAGUACAAGGUGCAAGUUGGUCCAGGUUGUAGCGACAUCCCUUAUUGGACCUUGAUUUUCUGCAUCAUCGUGGGCCUUCUCUGUGGGCUUUUGGGAGCUGCUUUCAAUGCCCUGAACAUCCAGGUCAUGGUGUGGAGAUCCAAAUGGUGCAAUGCAUCGAUGCCCAAACGCCGUGCGUUUGAACUGGUGCUGCUCUGUGCCUUGAGUUCCACAGCCUGGCUGGCCUCUGCCAGCAUGUUCAGUGAGCGUGAGGCCACUUCGUCGGUUCUCCUUCCGCAAAGCAGUGGUUGCAUCAAGGAUGACCUCAAGAACCAGCUCAUCACUGGAUCAGCGGUGGAACCGGACCUCAAGAAUGGUGGCCUGGCCCAGCGCCUGAUGCCAGCCUCGUGUUUGUAUGGCUUGCAAGUUGGGCCUGCUUGCAACGAGGUUCAUGAGAAAGCCGCAACGGGUAGCUGGUACGCCAGGAGUUGCAUCCAAGCUGUGAACACUUCCACAAUGAGAGCGAAGAAGAAUUUUAAGGACUAUUGUUGCAGCUUCACCGACUCUGCUGCCCUGGAGAAGGGCAUUUUUCAGGUGCCUGGCAAUGCAUCCUGCGCGAUACAGCUGGGGAAAGCGGCUCCAAGCCUGACUGAGGAAGCAGGAGACAGCUUUAAUGCAGUUGGCUUGCUGAGCUUGGUGCCGUUCAAGACGGCUUGUCAGAAUCUGUUUGAUCGUGGCAUGCCCCACGCUGUCACACUAGAGGCCAUGGGUGUCUUCCUCGUGUUAUUCUUCAUCUUGGCCGCGCUCACCGCAGGGUCUGCAGUACCUUCUGGUCUCCUCAUGCCACAAAUGGUCAUUGGUGGGCUGCUGGGACGUAUGUUGGCGCUUUUGGCGAUGAAGAUCCCAACGGGCCAAGUUGAAGGAAUUGUUUGGGCAAAAUCGUAUCAGCUGCUGUUCGAUGAAGGUCUCUUGCCGGGUGACCCUUCGAUGGUCUUUGGCACCACGGGUCUUUUGGAUCCAGGGAUUGGUGCUCUCAUUGGAGCGGCUGCUUUUCUGGGAGGAAGCGGUCGUGUCACUCUAUUUACGACGAUCAUGAUGGUGGAGAUUACCGGAGACCCAGUCAUGAUUUUCCCAGUGGGCUUUGCCACGAUCUUUGCUGUUCUCAUGGGCAACUUCAUCAAUCAUGGUCUGUACCAUUCGCUGAUUGAUGUGCAAUCUACUCCAUACUUGCCUGAUACCUGGACAGCAGGUGCGCUGCCUCCCGGCAUUCAGGUAAGAGAUAUGCGACCGCAGAAUCCACCCAUCAUGGUCUCCCUACAGCAGGGCCGAAAAGGUGUUGAGCAAGCCCUUGAAGGAAAUGACUUCACGGGCUUCCCCUUAGUGGAUGAGAGGAGUGAUGCCGAUGGCAACAAACAUGUGGUUGUAGUUGGAAUGUGUGACAGAAAGGAUCUUGAGGCACUGAGCCCUCUACGACACUUUGGGAAUGGCAACAGGAAAAGAAAUGGAAAAGAAACCGGGUUAGCACCGUCUCAUACUAUACUACACGUAAAAUUCACUGUAUAUGAUUACACACACACACACAGAUAUAUAUAUAUAUAUACGUAUAUAUAUAUAUAUAUACAUAUCUAUAUAUAUACAUAUCCAUAUAUUUAUUUCUAUAUACACAUAUCAUACAUAGUUAUAUGCAUAUCGAAGUGCCAUUUUUAG